AGGAGGAGAGAUGUUUAUUCAGCUGCUGAAUGAAGGAGAGGAUGAACACACACAGAGGAACCUCUCGGUGAAUCAAUGAACGGAACCCGACCUGGACUCAUUCUACUGCACAGAACCGGUUUUGGACCUCUCUCCAUCCUGAGCUGACCCUGAGCGAGUGAUUAAACGUCGGGCCGGAUGCUUCAGUAACAAUGGCUCCUGCGGCCAUGCCUGUCCCUGCUUCUGCCUUCAUCUCCCUCCGCUCCUCCUCCUCCUCCCUGCUCUUCCUCCUCGUCUUCCUCGCUGUGCUGACUUCGUGCCCGGCCCUCGCAGACUCUUCAGGGAACUGUACGGCCAGCGGAGACCCCUGUCAGGAAGGAGUGGUACUUCCUGUUUGGAACCCUCAGAACCCAUCAGUGGGGGACAAAGUGGCACGGGCAAUCGUUUACUUUGUGGCACUUAUUUACAUGUUCCUGGGCAUGAGCAUCAUAGCGGACCGGUUCAUGUCGUCCAUAGAGGUCAUAACAUCCCAAGAGAAGGAGAUCACAAUAAAAAAGCCAAACGGUGAAACCACAACAGCUACGGUCCGGAUCUGGAACGAAACCGUCUCUAAUCUCACGCUCAUGGCUUUGGGCUCAAGCGCUCCUGAGAUUCUGCUGUCCGUUAUUGAGGUGUGCGGCCACGGCUUUGAGGCCGGGUCUCUGGGUCCCAGCACCAUCGUGGGCAGCGCCGCCUUCAACAUGUUUGUGAUCAUCGCCCUCUGCGUGUACGUGGUUCCCGACGGAGAGACGAGGAAGAUCAAACACCUUCGGGUGUUCUUCGUCACGGCAGCAUGGAGCCUGUUCGCCUACAUCUGGCUCUACAUGAUCCUGAGCGUGAUUUCUCCUGGAGAGGUGGAGGUUUGGGAGGCUGUGCUCACCUUCCUCUGCUUUCCCCUCUGCGUCGUCCAAGCCUGGGUGGCCGACCGGCGCCUUCUCUUCUACAAGUACGUCCGCAAGCGUUACCGGGCGGACAAGCACCGGGGCAUCAUCGUUGAGACGGAGGGAGAUGGAGGGAUUGGCGGCAUGGACGGGGGAGGCGGAGGAGGAGGAGCGCUGGGUCCGGGUGGAUUCACAAAGAUGGAUAUGCUGGAACUAGAUGGACAGAUCGCGUUGAACUGCCACGGCGGGAUGGACGGAGGGAUGAUGGACGGGGGAAAGGAUGAGGAUGAUGAGGCCAGGAGGGACAUGGCGAGGACACUGAAGGAGCUGAAGCAGAGACACCCAGACAAGGACAUGGAGCAGCUGAUUGAGAUGGCUAAUUAUCAGGUUCUGAUGCAGCAGCAGAAGAGCCGAGCGUUUUAUCGCAUCCAGGCCACCAGGAUGAUGAUCGGAGCCGGAAACAUCCUGAAGAAGCACGCCGCCGACCAGGCUCGCAAGGUGGUGAGCAGCAACGAGACCCAGACUCAGGAGGACGACCCUCACACCAUCAGGAUGGAGUUUGAGCCGUCUUUGUACCAGUGCUUCGAAAACUGUGGCUCCCUGAAUCUGACUGUUGCCAGACAUGGAGGAGACCCUGGAGUCACUGUCAAAGUGGAUUAUCGCACAGAGGACGGCACGGCCAACGCUGGCUCAGAUUAUGAGUUUGCUGAAGGAACGCUGCUGUUUAAGCCUGGAGAGACCCUCAAAGAAAUUACUGUCGGCGUCAUCGACGAUGACAUCUUUGAGGAGGACGAGUAUUUCUACGUUCAUCUCAGUAACCCCCGCGUGGUCGGCUGCCCAGAGAUCGGCGCCGCCCCGCUGGACGCCAGCGCCACCCCGAAAGCCGUGCUGGGAGAAAACCACACGGCCACCGUAACCAUUUACGACGACGACCACGCAGGUAUCUUCACGUUCGAAGGCGCCAGCCAGAGGGUGAGUGAAAGCGUGGGCGUGAUGGAGGUGAAGGUUCUCCGGACGUCGGGGGCCCGGGGUCUGGUCGCCGUCCCCUACCGGACCCUGGAUGGGACAGCUAAAGGAGGGGAGGACUACGAAAUGGCUGCUGGAAAGCUGGAGUUUCAGAAUGAUGAAACCAUGAAGAUCAUUGAGGUGAAAAUCAUUGACGAUGAAGAGUAUGAGAAGAACAAAACCUUCACCAUUGAGCUCGGAGAGCCGGUUCUGCUGGAGAUAGGACAGAAACAUGGUGACUCCAACGAGAACAAACCGCUGGUGGGAGCGGAGGAGGAAGAGGUGGCCAAGAUGGGCUGCCCCAGUCUGGGCGAGCACACGCAGCUGGAGGUGAUCAUCGAGGAGUCCUACGAGUUCAAGAAAGCAGUAAAUACUCUUCUUACUGAUAAGAACACAGUAGAUAAGUUGAUCAAGAAGACGAAUCUGGCCCUGGUGGUGGGAAGCAGCAGCUGGAGGGAGCAGUUUGUCAACGCCGUCACUGUAAGCGCAGGAGAUGAUGACGAGGAGGAGAGCGGCGAAGAGCGGCUACCCUCCUGCUUCGACUACAUCAUGCACUUCCUCACCGUGUUCUGGAAGGUUCUGUUUGCCUUUGUCCCGCCCACGGAGUACUGGAAUGGCUGGGCCUGCUUCUUUGUCUCCAUUUCACUGAUCGGCGUCCUCACCGCCGUCACCGGGGACCUGGCGUCGCACUUCGGCUGCACGGUAGGACUGAAGGACUCCGUGACAGCCGUGGUGUUCGUGGCUUUGGGGACAUCGGUACCGGAUACUUUUGCCAGUAAGGUUGCAGCCAUCCAGGACCAGUACGCCGACGCCUCCAUUGGCAACGUGACUGGCUCCAACGCCGUCAACGUCUUCCUGGGUAUUGGUGUGGCGUGGACCAUUGCCGCCAUCGCCUGGCGCUCUAAGGGCAAGCCUUUCAGGGUGGACCCAGGAAACCUGGCCUUCUCCGUCACCCUCUUCACCAUCCUGGCCGUGGUGUGCGUGUUGACGCUUCUCUACCGCCGGCGACCCACGGUGGCCGGAGGCGAGCUGGGCGGGCCGCGGACUUGCAAGUUGCUAACGUCGCUGAUGUUCGUCUCUCUGUGGCUAAUUUACAUCCUGCUGGCUUCGAUGGAGGCCUACUGCCAUAUACAAGCGUUUUAGAAAGAGACCUAACUGGUGCGGAGGAGGCGGGAAACCUUACGACUUUAUCUGAAAAUGGAUUUCAUGUCACUCGAUUAGGUUUAUUUUUUCCCUAAAUAAAAUGAGUGCACACCCUCAUGAGAACCAACAACUCCCCCAACAAUGUUGAGACUAAUUAUUCUCAUCUUUGAACCAUAAAGGCCCCCCAGUGUAUCCAGGAAAACCUUGAAACAGCGUUAUCAUCAGAGGACCGCUGUUGUUUCGCUAUAAAGCCAAACCAGCUGCAGAGGAGAUAAUCAGCUGAGCUUUGAAGAGAAAAGCAGAGCUGAGAGGAAGGACGAAGGUCAGCGAUAAAGCUACAAAAGUCAACAACAAAACCAGAAAGAAGAGCGUCUUGCAGCAGCCGAAUGAAAAACGACGGAGAAAAAGGUGAGAGGAGAUAAACUGAGCUGCAGAAAACCUCGACAGCCUUUCCUCUGUCAUUACACCUCCGUGAAAAAGAAAUACCUUGAAAUGAUUUUUACAUUUUCUCACAUUACAACCUCAAACUUUAACACUUUUUAUUUAGAUUAUGCACAAUUGACCCACUAAACGUUAAGUUUCAUAUAGAAGUUAAGUCACACCAGUACUCUAGUCUCUGACUGAGUAACUUCUGAAGGGAAUUGGACUGUUUAUUUAUUUACGGGGUGUUCGAGUAAAUGGGGUAUUGUGCAUAGCAUCCUUUUCAGAUUUUAGUGUGCAACAGAUUUGAAAUCCAUGUAUUCUUCUAGUUCAUCUUUUCUAUUAUUUUGUAAAAUCCCACUGAAGUUUACAGUUGUAGUGCGACAAAAUGUAAAAAUGUUCACAAGCUCUGAAUGCUUUUGAAAGGCUCUGCGCUGUAGAGGAUCAGCGGAUCAUCACCCUUGAACUCCAACUUUUAUCGCCUUUUUCCUCUCACUGCGCUCAAAAUGACGGGGCCCUCAGGACAUCCUGCACUAAAACCUGCCGGCGAGACGAUAAAUUAACCCUCUUCUUCCUCUUAUUUAAGGAUACACUGUGCAAAAAUAGCCUCAUUACCCAAACCUCCCUGUCCGACUCGUCCCCCUGCCUGCCUUACGUUCCCCAUCCUCGCCUUGCGUGUCCAAAAUAAACAAAAAUCGACGUUGUGACAAGUCGCCACCAUCGAACCCUCUUUUAAACUCUUCCCAUGUCCCCUUGUCCUCAUCCCAAACCACAUUUUCUACUCUUUUCAAUGGCGUCACGUGUUGAUGUUGUUAUCGUGGAAUUGUAAAAACAACAACAAGUACACAAAAACAGAGCGACUGAAGAGAGACGUGAAGAAACGCGGAGCGGAAUAAAAACAGCUGAUGAGGAUGUAAAAAAAAAAAAAGUACUACACAUGGUCACGUAAAAUGUUUACACUUUGAGAAACAACAAAUCAAACAGUAGCCAAUGGGGGACUUCCGUACACCUGAAGGACCAAUCAGAAUGAAGGAUCGUACUGACUGUGAUCGUGACGGCAACUGGGAAGGAAACGGUGUACAAAAAUCCAAACUACGACCAUAACCAGUGUUUGUAUUUGUACAUGAUAUUAUCAGAAACCUGUAUUGAUGUGUGUGGGACACGACUGGUGUUUUAUUUAUGUGAAUCUUUGUAGGAGCAAGUUUGAGAAAGUUCAAGGGAAAAAUACAAGGCAGCUGAAGAAUCACGUGUCUGUUCUGCACCACGGGGCGUUUCUUUGUACCAAACUAUAACAAAUUGUCACAAAUCACUAACACAACCUUUUUAAACUGUGCAGAUUUACUUUUUAAACUCCCCAAAGUGCUGGCAGCUGUGGUGAGUCCAACACUACAAUUAAAUGUGCAAAGUGG